AUGAGUAUUAUUAAUAAACCAUUAGUUUUAAUUGGUGGAUAUGUUGUAUCUAUAAAUGCAGGUGCCGCUGGUUUAUUUUUUUAUGAUAAAAAACAAGCAGUUCAACAUAAAUGGCGUGUUCCUGAAAAAACUUUACAUCUUACAGGUUUAUUAGGUGGUUGGAUUGGGGGAAUGUGGGCAAUGCAAGCUUUUAAACAUAAAAGAUCAAAACAAUCAUUUAAAAAUGUUUAUUUUACAGCAGUGGCAGCAAAUGUUGGAAUAGUUGGAGCAUCAAUUUUAAUUUUUAAGAAAUUCCCACAAUAUAUACCAAAUCAAUUAAGAACAUUAUUUAAUUUACCAAGAAAUCAAAUCAUACAACAAAAACCACAAUUUAAUCAACAACCACAAAAAUUUCAAACAAUAGUUGAAGAAGAAGAAAUAAUUACAAAUAAAAAGAAAAGAGGUGGUAGAAAAAAUAAAAAUAAUUAA